CUGUGAAAAACAUCAAUCUUCUGAAGUGUAACGCCUACGUUUUAAAACACUUAAAGAGAGAGGCAAGUGUAUUGCACCAGCUGACGCAUCCUAAUAUCCUGCGACUCUUUGAGACAAUGAUGUACGGAAACUACUACUACCUCGUAGCUGAGAUAGUGAGGGGUGGUAACCUCUGCUCGUAUUUGCAACAGCAGAGGAACAAGCAGCUGGAUGAGAAGACUAACAGAAAACUGAGCCGGCAGAUCGCAGCAGCUCUGGGGUAUCUUCAUGGCAAGGGCAUCGUCCACAGGGACUUAAAACUUGAAAACAUUAUGUUAGACUCACGGAAGGACAAUAUUAAACUGGUCGACUUCGGGCUAAGUAACAGCUGGAGAUUAGAGAGUCCCCUGAAGACAUUGUGUGGUUCUCCUGAGUACAGCGCACCGGAACUCUUUGUCACCGGCACUGAAUAUGGCCCUGAGGUCGACAUGUGGGCACUAGGUGUUGCCAUCUACGCAAUGGCUGUGGGACAGCUUCCUUUCCCUGAUGCGUCGUCUCUGAUGAGAACUCAUGAGAAAAGGACCAAGUUCUUGAUGAGUAUCAACUCAGGGCUGUCCAAACAUCAUAUCAACAUCAUCACCGGUUACUCCCCAGAGUUUAUAUCACUACUACACGGAUUAAUGAACCCACAGCGCGAUGAGAGAUUGACCGUAAAGGAGGCCCUUGGUGAUCCUUGGUUGUCCAACAAUAACCGCUGGAGCCCUACUCACUUCGACAGUCCGGACGCAUACGAUCUUGCGAAAAUUUCAAGAAAAGUCUGUUGCUUGCUAGAUAUAAGUGAUGACAGUUUGAGAAUUGAGCAACAGACCAGACCCUUUGGUGAAGUAGCAGGAAUUUACAACAUAAUGGUACACGAACGGAGUCGGCCCAAGGUGGAAGAUCCCUGGAACUUUGUAACAAGAAGGUCUAUUAAACCUUCUUCUCUGAUUGAUACGUUCAAUCAAAGACAGGAACAAGGACGCCACGAGAACAACUUAUCAAAUGACAAAAUCUGCGUAGUGGGCGCUUCUCCUAAGCUCAAUGAAGUAGCAAAGGGAAGGAAGCCAAUACGCCUAAGCAUUUAUACCUCAACUUCUUCUUCCUCGCAACGAACUAGUCAGAGAAGCUGUGAUAGCCGCAAGAUGUACAACAGUGAUAUCAAUAUGGCAGGAGGAGACUGUUCUGCAAUUCCUCGAAUUGGUCCAUUCAAAGGAUUAAAGGUAGACUCUCCUCUUGACGCUCUGCCGAGUAAAUACUCUCAAGAGGUUAUGAUGUCUCGGUACAGAUUCAAGGAAAGGAGCAAAAUAUUUCACCAGCCAGUACUGCCUUCUAACUUGAAACUAAAAACUCCUAUCUGUAAAGUACUGGAAGAUGGACAACAUAGUGGCACCAAAGGUUGAACUAUUGUUAUUGUAACUAAUCAUUAGCAUAUCUCUAAUAAAUGUUGUUAAUCUACGAACAGUUAGGUAAUUCUGUUCCAGUCACAGAUUAAACAAUUAUGUCUAUUUCAAAAUUAUUAAAUAAACGGAUACCAUAUUUUA